UUGGUAGGUGAUGGUAAUCGUAAGAAUGCCGCCAAUUUGAUGUUUUACGUAAAUAAUGCGAUUAUAUCACGGGAAACUUGUGUAACACUUGAAAUUAGUAAAGGAUUAUUUUCCUAGUUCGUGUACAAACAAUACCACAGUGAAGAGACGACGAAAUCAUUAUAAAAGUGGUAAUGUUUAAUGCACAAUUUGGCAUCUUUCGGUGUGGGAAUAUGCAUGGAAAGUUAUGUCAACUUUGAUAGCACCAACUAUUUUUGAAGAAGACUUAAAAGUAAAAAAAGGUAUCAUAAUCUCAGAUAAACACAACAAUAAUACUCGACAUGUAUUGAAGUGUAAACACAGCUUCAAACCCAAGUGUGAUAAAGCACUUAAAAGGAAGUUACGUAAAUAUAAAUUGAGGAAAAAUGGAGAGGAAGACCCAGAAGUAAUAGAUGUGUCCCACAUUUUCCUAUCUUGUCUAAAAAUAAAAUCACCCAGUAAAUCUACAAAAAGUUCAGAAAGUGUUUAUAACAUUGAAGAAUUAAGGCCAAGAAAUUACCUAUUUAAAAUGGGUAGAAGAAAGCAAAAGAUCAAAUCUGAUAGUUCAGAACCCGUAGUAGAAAAUUGUAAAGUUAAUGAGAAGGAUCAGAUCUCUGUGACACCUGAAGGACAAGAAAAAAAGCAAACAAAUGCUUUUAAGUUACUGAUGGAUUCUAGAAAUAAAAGCAUUGGAAGCAAUUCUCCAGGUAAGGAGAAAAUUUGUGAUCCAUCUGAACAGCAGGAUAUCAUAGAAAAGAAAAACAUCAAGGUAAAAAGAAAUUUAGCAUUACAAAAAAUGGCAGAAGCAAAAGGUGCUCUGAAAAAGAAGGAAUUAGAAGAAUACCAAGAAAAGUGUAUUAAUAGAAAAAUGGAAAAGAGAGCAGAGAGACUAAAAAGCAUGAUUGCAAGCAAAAAACCAAAUGAGAGUAAGAAUGAAAAGGAAGUAAACAUAGAUAGUACUAAACAAGUAACAGAAGUAGUGGAAAUCUUAAAUCACGACUCAAAAUCAAAUAACAGCAAGAAAAGUAAGUCAAAGUCUUUACAGUUAGUGGACAUUUUCCAAGAUGUCAUCAAAUCUAGAAAUAUUAGCCCAGAUAAAAAGGUUAUACCUAAAGAAGACGAUGAAUUUCUAAAAAAAUUGUCUCCAUCUAUCAAGAAGAAAGAAAAUAUGCUUUGCUAUUUUAGGAAACUUGAAAAAAAGUCAGACACUUCUUUAGAUGUAGAUGAUGGUGGAGAGAAUACUAGUGAAGUUAUAAAAGUGAAAAUAAGUGUUAAAAGCCAGAAAAGAAUGAAAAAGAAAAAGUUAAGUUUAAGUAAAGAGCCUGCAAAUGAGAUUCUGAAAGAUCACAAUGUAUUAGAUACUAUUAACAAUGAAGUGGAAAUUGAGAGUCACGUCCCUAAUGGUCUUGCUAAUGAAAAUAGUAGCAGUGAGAGGAAAAAACGUAAACGCAAAGAGAAUUUAGCAGAAAUAGAAAUAGAUAAAUCUGAAACUGUAGCAUCUAAAAACCCAGUAAAAACAGAAGAAACAAGACCAAAAAGGAAUAUAAAGAGACCAGUUAAAUAUGUAGAUGAUGUGCAACUAUCUAGUUCAGAUGAUGAGCUGCACAUUUUCACACCGAAAAAAAGAAAACAUUGUGAAAAUAAAUCUAAACAUAAGGAAAUAUCCAAUGAAAUUAUUGUGUCUGAUGAAGAUUCUGAGACCAUUUCUAAACCUAGGAAACCGUCAAAAAAUUUAGAGCAAGAAGAGAAAACACAAAAGAAGGCAACUAAAUUAGCACCUAUAUUUGUUUGCAAACCACAGCUCAAUCCAGAACAAAUUGAAGCUAAACAGAAAUUUCUUUACAGUGGAGUUCCAGAUCAAAUAAAAAAAGUCAUCGCUCAACAGAAAAAUUUGCAUAUAGAGACAAGCAAUGAUUUUCCAACAGUGGUACAUGUUCAGCAAAAAGUUAAACCUACAAUUCUUACGUCAGUUGCAUCACUGCCUGAUUUACCCGAAAAUAACUAUGAUGAAGUUAUAUUUGCCGAAGAUGAUGCCAGUUUAUUCACAAAAUUGAUUGUUCCUUCUCAAACAGACAUUUGUAUCAAUACUACUCUGCCUUUCAAAGUUAACACAACUGGACUUUUGCAAAAUAUAAAAGAGCGAUAUCCCAAGUUUCCAGUGUACCGCACUUUCCGUUUAUUAAAAAGCAAAAGUAAAGGCGAAUUUAAAGAAUGUACCAUACCAGAGCUGGAUAACAGCAUAGAAGUAAUAAAUGGAGUUACAGAUAUUUCAAAUGAGAACCCAGAUUACUUAAACUGGACAGACAAGUUUAAAGCAACAUCUAGUAAACAUUUAAUUGGGAAUUUUGAAAGUAUAAAGGAGAUCAAAAAAUGGUUGCAAUCAUGGACUGAAAAUGAAACUAAGCGUAAGAAUACACUUGCAAGCUCAGAUUCCUCUGAUUUUUAUGAUUCUGAUUCAAAUAGUAAAGACAACAUUAGGUCAUUAAACAAUUUACUUUUGUUAACUGGUCCAGUAGGUUGUGGAAAAACAAGUGCUGUUUAUGCGGUAGCUACAGAAUUAGCUAUAAAAGUAAUAGAGGUGAAUGCCAGCAGCAAGAGAACUGGCAAAGUGAUGUUACAGGAUCUACAAGAAGCAACACAAUCACAUAAGGUUAACAGAGCAGGAAUAGAUAAUUCGCAAAAGUUACAGGAUGUCACUGAGACAAUAACUACAAAAGUUAACAAAAGGGGACGGCCAAAGAAAGCAGGGUCAUUGCAGAUAUCAAGUAGUAAAGAGGAAUCACUGAGUCAACAAACUUCUAGCCAAGAGAGCACUAGAACUGGGAUGUCUUUAAUAUUGGUUGAUGAUGCUGAUAUAGUGUUUGAGCAAGAUGAUGGUUUCUCUUCAGCCAUUGCUCAAUUGACACAAACAUCGAAACGACCCGUAAUUUUAGUUACGAGAACGUUGGCUUAUCCGCAUUUGCAAAAAUUUGUACAAUGUGGAAAAAUCAUAAACAUGCACCCCUUGUCGCCAAGAAUGCUAGGAACUUGGUUAGACAUCAUGUGUGUAGUCGACACUGGUACAUGCUGGACAGGAUUAGGAGCUAAGGUUUUAGAUUAUUUUAAAGGCGAUAUAAGGAAGUCUAUAAAUUUCUUGCAGUUUUACGUAACUUCUUUUGCACAAGACUGCCUUCAACCAGAUGAGGCUACUUCUCAAAAUAGCGAAUUUAAAUCGAGUCUUGAUGAUGAGAACUCAAACAUAUCAUGGGCAGAUAGUGACGAAAAUCAAAACUCUGGCGAACUUUCUAACGAGGCGUGGAGAUGCUUUUUUGGUAAACAAAUGAAUUUGCGACAUCUUAGAUAUCCUUUGGAUUUACUGAAUGCGUGGUGGAGUGUACCUACCCUAUUGAAUGAGACAUUUAAUGGUCAACGUCAGCGUGCCGCUAAUACUGAUGAAUUGAAGAGGACAUCAGAAUUAGAAUCAAUUGUUAGUGUAAUAGACGCAUUUUCAUUUUCGGACUAUUAUAGCAGCAAAAAUCCAAAUACACAUUGUAACAUUACUUCUGAACCAUGGUACACUUCGGAAAGCGAUAGCAUGUCUGAAAACGAGAACUUGGAGAAUUAUAGCAAACACCAUGAAGUUACUAAUGAUAUCAUUCAAGAUAUCAUAACAGGGUAUAUUGAUAAGGCACAGACAUCCCUGCAGUGUGAAAGAAACGCAAUAUUGGAUUUUCCUGACAUGGCAGCCCAAAGGGAAAAGGAUCGGAUAGUCUCGCGGCAUGACUAUUUGACGACAAUUCUAAACCCAUCUGCAAUUUUAGACAGAAGAGGAUUAGCACUCGACUAUUGGUCAGCGUGUCGAUCAAUUUGCAGAACAGAGAAGAUGAAAGUAGACAUAGUUUCGAAAAGACACAACAGAUUCUGCCACUACCUCAAAUCCAUGAAUUCAAUGGGUAGAAAUGAUGCAUUCGACAGUCUUGCUGAUAGUUUAAACUUUAGAGGUAAGGAUGAAUAGUAUAAUUUAUAAAAUUAAGCAAUUUGUAAUUAUCAUGGGUAGCCAUUUGUGGAUUUGUAGCCUGUGUUUAAAGUAAAUUAAUUAAUUGUUUCAUUGACAUGUAAUAUCUCGACUCGAUGUAUUGCGAUGGCCAAUUUGUCAAUGUUUUGAACAUUACGUUUUUUUUUUUCUGGAAUGCUAUUUUGACUCCAGCUAGAAUUAAUUAUUUGUUUACUAAAUAAGAAUUAGGGAAACAGUUAAAAAAAGGAAAAUCUAUUGCAUUUUAAUACAAGUAUUAGUUAACUACACAUUGAAAUCAGCCAAAAUAACUUGUACUCUGCACUACAACGUUACUUAUGUCUUAAUUUAUUCACCUCACGAGUUACGAAAAUUGUUUAGUUACAAGAUUAGUUUUGAAAACAAGGCUUCUUUUUCAUGUAUUAUUAUGUUAAAUUCUAUAACAAAACAAAAGGAAAAGAAUCAUUUGGGAUCAAAAUUCAUCACAUGUUACGUCACACUAAAGAUACUGGCUAGUAAGUUUUAUUAAAGGCCUGUGCCCACUACAUUUUAUCGUACUAGGACCGUGUUAGGCACGGCCCGGCGCGUGCCUGACGCUACUAUGCCCACAGCAACGCCCAAAGCAACAAAUAUUCUCACUGGGAAUUCUGGCUGCUCCGUACAAGUCACGCUACGGUGUUGGUCGAUGACGCGACGGUCUACUGGGCGUUGCGCCAUUCAAAUUCAUACAAAGAAUAUCUUUUUACCUGUACUGGGACGCAUGCGGUGUAGUGGGCACGGACCUUAAAGUAUUAACGACGCGAUGGAUUCGUUAUGUAGCUAAGAUCAUAUUUUCGGAACCUAUAUUUAUAAUUUUCUGAUAAAUCAUCCUUAUCUACUUUAUGUCCUUUCGCGUGAAAACCUAUUUACAGCGCAUGUUAUCACGCCCUUAUUUAUUACUUUGAACAUGUCCUUCUUGUGUCUUUUAAGGUGUUUUGGCACAAAUAUAUGCUUAGUGUACUGCAUUGUAAUAGUUCGUUGUUAAUAUUUUUUAUCAGUUUUUUGAGUAAAGAUUUUUAUUUUUCAUUGACUUGAGUGUGGGACAUUAAAUAUAUUACGACCAAAUAAA